UGAUCACCGAUCGAGUCUUUUUUUUUUCGGCUGUCUUUUUGCGCUACUGCUCUCACUCAUUGUAGCCUUCUUCCGUCCUCCACUCUCCUCCUCGGGACACAUCAAAAGCUCCUCCAUUUCUACUGUCCGAACCGUUUCUCACCGAAACCGACCAGGGGGGGUGGGGAAAAAAAAGAGAAAAGGGGGUGGGGGGAAAAGUUGUGGCAGAAACUUAUCCUGCUUGGUUGGAGUCCAAUCAAGCAGGAUAUUUCUCUUCUUUCGGGGGGGAUCGGAGCGUUAUCUUCAUGGGUUCAUUGUUUGCGGGCUGCUGAGAGGAGAAAGAUUGGAUCUUGGCAGAUAUUCCUCUUCGGUGGCCGGAGUUAAUUGGGAGAUCGUGCUAGACAUUCUGAGCUCUCGAGUUGUUUUCCCUGGUGCAUCUGUCUGCGGUUCCUACGACGAGCGUUUUGCAGCCUUUGAGAGCAUAAUGCGGGGGCUUCCGUGCCUCAAAGACUUCUUGCUUCGGUUGAAGCCUAAGUACCCUCAUGCCUCUCCCUGAGCCCUCAACAUCGAUCAAAUUCGAUGGCCAAUUACCCAUCUGAUUUACCUUGCAUGCAUGAUGAAUUUGUCGAGCUGCUGUGGGAUAAUGGCCCCGUUAUGCAAGGACCGUCUAGUCGCCCCCGAAAGAGCUCCGUGUUUACCGCGUCGAACCCCUCCGGAAUUCGAGUCUCCGACAAGGAUACCAAAGAUAACCCCUUUCCGAAGAUAGGACAUUUUAAGGUAUCAUCAGAAUCUAAGGCAAACAACUUCGCAACCUGUGGACCUUCGUCGAGCUUCGGAAUCAAUGCUCAUUAUGAUGAUAUGGUCCCGUGGAUAAACUACCCGAUGGAAGAUCCUAUAGAUAAUGAUUACUGCUCGGAGUUCUUAAGUGACUACUCUGGGGUUGAUUUGAGUUCUGUUCGUUCGCAAACAUCUGUUGUGCCAGCUGUGAGGACCGGGUUCUCGGACCAAGUAGGUAGAGAUUCCCAUAACACCCAACAAGGGCACGCCUCAGCAAGCAGUAGAAUUAGGGAAAGCCGGCCACUUCAGUUGCCAACACAAUUGAACAGUUCAACUCCAUGUUCCAAGUCAAGUGAAACGGAUCUUGGCAUGGGGACUUUAGCCAUUUCUUUAGACCUGUUACUCUUGUUAGGGCAAAUCACCAAGGUGAUGCCAAGCAGGAACUUCGCAAUAAAACGACAUUUGCUGCCUGUAGCAACCCAGUGGAGUCGCCUGUGAUUGGGUCUACGAGUGGGUUGAGGGGUGCUCUCGGG